AUUACGUCGUGACGCACGUCCUCUGCGUUUUCACCACACACGCUAAGCUAAAGCACCGAUGGCUGUUGUGUCGUAGAUUGGCGUUUGAGGUUUUUCCCCCUGUGGAGAAAUAGUCCUGGCCCGCGUGGAAGACCUCGUUCCAUUUUUCUCGUACUUGUCUGGCAUGUAUGGAUGGAUAGUUGACGGAAUCUCUUCACUCUUUGAGCCCGUCACCGGGCAGAGCCACACCGAGUGGCCCGCGAAGCGAAGCGGCAGCGGCAGCAGCGGGGAAGGAGCGCGGCGGCAGGACAGCCACGGAAGACCGGCUAAACGGAACUACAAGUGUGUGCAUGCUGCUGAUGGUGCUGGUCAGAGUGACCCAGUGGAGGCAAAACGACCCAAGCGAGAUGUCGUGAUCAGCUUUGUGAAGAAGACGGUGGCAGGUAUCGCAGGUCUACUGAGGCUGCGCAAACCCCUGGCGGCGCAACGGGAAAGUCCGAGCCAGCAUGAAGACAUACAGUCCAUCACUCUAAUGGGCAUAGACGAGGUCCACACUUCAUGGGUAAAUGGUACCGACUGGAAAAUGGAUAAAACUACAGGUGGGGUGAAUGACAGGAGUGCAAAGAAUCCCUUUCAAAGCUCUUUACCCCCUUUAAUAAGGAAAUACGGUGGACCGGUACUCCCUUCUGGGCUCCCAGAUGGAGGGAAAAACUGGGAGAGAAGAGGCUCCCUUCAGCUGCUGCCUUCAAAGCCUCCUCUCAGAGUGGGAAAUGCUAAUCCUGAACCGAUUUGUAAUGGCUACGGACACAAUCGCUGCUAUAAGCCCAGCCUUACGGUAGAAGAGGCCAUAAAGCAGAACAAUAAGGAGCACUACAGACGCUUACUGGAGAUGGUGACAGAGCAGUACAGCAAAAGCCAACCACUACCUUUCAACCAAGCCAAACCACACGAUGAGUUGCUGUUACAGGUUUCUCACAAAACGUCCGCUUCAGAAAGAGCCUUUGACUCGGUCUCCAGGAGGGUUGUGUGCACAGCUGCACCAAGUGUAUUUACAUACCGAAGUACUACGGCAACUAAGGACAGGUGGGGAGGCUUAACUUUCAACAAGUCCUACAGCGAAUCCCUCGAAGAAAAACGGCCUGUUAGAUAUACAAAGCAAAAAGAUGCACCAGACGUGGACCUUUCUACAGAAGUUGCUACUCGCCUUAAUCUGGUGGACAGAGAUGCUUUUCCACCCGGCGCCAGUGAACCCCAGUCUGCCUAUGCUGCACGUAUAAGACACAGUGAUGAGGACAUACCCAGGCUGACGAAGGAAAUGUCUGCAGAGGUUAGUGAAGCUUUGGCUCAGAGAGAUCCUAACCUCGUUUUAAGUGCAGCCUUCAAACUCCGUAUCACGCAGCGAGACCUGUCCACCCUGCUGGAAGGUGGAUGGCUCAAUGAUGAGGUAAUGAAUUUCUACCUUUCCCUCAUCAUGGAGCGACAUUCUGGAGAAAGUGGAAGAUUAAAGGUCUACACUUUUAGUACCUUCUUUUACCCGAAGCUGCAGGGUGGUGGGGCAGGAGUACAGGUUGGAGGACAUGUGGCUGUGAAGCGCUGGACCAAGGCUGUUGACCUCUUCGUGUUUGACCUCAUUCUUGUCCCACUGCAUCUCGGUGUCCACUGGGCAUUAGCUGUUAUAGAUUUAAGGUCAAAGACUGUAAGAUCAUAUGAUUCGAUGGGUCAGAGACAUGAUGACAUCUGUAAUCUUUUACUACUUUACCUUAAAGAAGAGCACAAAGCAAAGAAAGGGAGGGAGCUUGACGGUGCCAAAUGGACUGUUGGAAGCCUAAAGGACAUUCCCCAGCAGAAAAAUGGAAGCGACUGUGGUGUUUUUGCCUGUAAAUUUGCGGACUAUAUUGCUAAGGGAAAACCCCUCACCUUUAAACAGUGCCACAUGCCUCUCUUCAGGAAGUUAAUGAUGUGGGAAAUCCUCAAUCAGAAGCUCCUAUAGAAGAUUGCAAUAGCAGGAGCAACAAGAAGUGCAUGUUGGUCUAACAGUUUGUCGGCCAAAGGCAUGGACUUCACUGACUGAACGCUAACCCUGAUAUUUGAAGAAAUCAAACACUAGUCUUACCUUUGUCUCUUCCUACGGGGGAUAUAAACCAUUUUUAAUCUCUGAGUUCUAAUUGGAGAUGUUAUUUUGUUGAAGGGAGUUAUCUCUGGUGAGUGAAUGGCUUUUGACUUAAGAUUAUUUUUUUACAGGCUGAUUUACUGCUUGAAGUGCCUUUAACCCUUUUGCAGAGCUCAGUGAAGAGCGCGGUUUAUGUAGAAUUUGUUUUGGUGUUUUUGCAACUCGGCAUAAUGUUUGAGCAGCUUGGCCCAGAAUCCAGGGAUUCCCUCCUGUCGGUAAUGUGGAUUCAUUGACCGAAUUAUGUAAAGAUAGUUAUAUUUAGUCAUGAAACUGUAUUGUGUGGAAAUAUAAACUGAAAAUGUUGAAAUACCUCUUGUUUUGACUUUUGUCCAGAGACAGUUUGCAUGAGAUUGCUGGAAUAACAUUUGUUAAACAUUAUUUAUAAUUUUGAUGAUGAUUUUUUUUUUUGGUGUGUGUGUGUGUAAUGCUUUUCAUAAUUGGAUUCUGGCCUAUUUGUUCAUCCACAUAUAGUGGCAGGUACAAGGAAUUGGACAAUAGAAUACUUCCUAGGGAACUACUGAACAGGCAUGCAUCUUGACCCUAAUGCUUAAAAUGUGAUGCCCUCUCAUGUAAUAAAGUGAGUUUUUUUUUUUUUU